AUGAACUCCUCAUCCUCAUCAAAGCAAAGCGCCCCAGCAAGAAAGAGCAAAGGCAGGCAGAAAGUGAAGAUGGUGAAGAUGGAGAAUCACAGCAACCUUCAAGUGACCUUCUCAAAGCGCCGCGCCGGCCUCUUCAAGAAGGCCAGCGAGCUCUGCACCCUGUGCGGGGCCGAGGCCGCCAUCGUGGUCUUCUCCCCGGCCAACAAGGUCUACUGCUUCGGCCACCCCAGCGUCGAGGACGUCGUCGACCGCCUCUCCGCCCCUCCCCCUCCCACCCACCUCCUCAUGGAGGCCCACCGCAACUCCAACAUCCGCGACCUCAACAUCGACCUCACCCGCCUCGAGACCAUGCUCCGCUCCGAGAGGGCCCGGGCCGGGGAGAUCGACCGGAUCACGGAAGCCGGACGCCAGAAGGGCUGGCUCCCGGCCUCGCUAGAUGGCCUCGACCACGCGCAGCUCGGCGCAUUGAAGGAGCGCGUGGCGGGAUUUAAGAAGGAGCUUGAUGAUAAAAUGCAGAAGGAAAUGGUUAGGGUUUCGGAGUCGUCUCAGUCUCAGCGUUUGCAUUGCCACAGUGGUGAUCCUUUAUUUGCUUAUCCGACGCUGUCGCUUGGAUUCGAUCAUCUCUUGCCUUAUUCUACAAUGAGCAAUGAAGGGUAUUAUCAUGGGUGGAGUGGUGGUGGUGGUGGUGUGUUUGAUGGGAGUAAUGGCGCCUCUUCAUCUACACUUCCUAAUCAUAUGUUUUUUCCUACUAUUUAG